AUGUUCUUACCUUGCAGAAUCAAUUCUGUCAGCACAGUCCAGCUUUUGAAAACAAUGCUGCAACCAGGUGUGGAAGAACUCACGAACAGUUAUGGGCAUGAGAAAGUGAUUGCUAAGACCGAAACUACACAGAAUUUGGAAGACGUCAAAAUUGUUUAUCCUAGAAAAGCGGCUAUUGACGUCAAAGAAUUUUUCAAGCAGGAAGAAGCUUUGAAGCGUGAUAAGAAGAAGCAACUUGUGAAACUGAAAGCUAGAGCUAUUGUUAGCAAAUCUAUCCUUUUGGCUCGAAUAUUGACAUCAAAUGGUAAAAUCCAGAUUGCACAGGGGAAGGGUGCCAUAGGGACCUAUGCUAAUUUUCUUGCUAUUGUUCAAAUUCGAACUGACAGAUUAGAUGUUGGGAAGAAGUUUGCAAAGAAUGGCAGAAACAGUCAUGACAGAACCUUGGGAUUGCAGAUUAUAGCAAGGAACUGCAAUCGAACCAGCUUUUAA